AUGUCACUCGAUCGUUCUUGUUUUCACCCUCACGUUGGUACAACAGCUAUGCGUUCAACUGUGACCCAUUCGACUGCAUCCACAUGUCCACAAUUGCAAUUCAGGCAUGAAGAAAAUAAAAGAAAAAGAAGGAAAUGUCGAGGUAACCGUGCGUAUCAACGUUUUCGAGCCAAACUACGUCGACAAGGCUUUGAUAAUGGCGUCAUAGAGACUAUGAUCAGUAAUCACAAUACUUCAGAUGGAGAAAGCACCAAUCAAUUGGAGCCUAGUAUUCCAAUAUUUAAUUCAGAAGCAUUUAUCACUUCGCCAGAACAGAGAACGCAAGAACAUGAAUAUGUCGAUCAAGCAAGUGGUACUAAACGUAAACGUAAUCGAACAUCAAACGAAAUAACUGCCUCAAUUAGUCAAAUGUCGAUAUCUUACCUUCCCAGAAAACGUCAUCGCUCAAAAACAAUCGAAAGCAGCCUAACAGAACAAGAACAAAUGUGUGAACCGUUGUCAAAUGUCAAACCCAAAUAUUUACAAGUAUCUGAUCAAAUCUUCAAGCAAAUGCUCAGUGAAUCGUCGACAGAUAGAACACAUAUUCCCCUUCCAAUUCUUGAUACACCGCAGAAAACACAAUUUGUUCGAAUAUAUGCACAUUUAUUAAACAAUGUUCUCUAUUUGGAAAUGGAAUUGAACUUCUGGAAUCAUUAUCAAGACGUACUCACAGCUGAACACAUAUGGUCAUCCGUACCACUCGAUAAAAGUGAGACACAAAAAAAUAGCCUCUACCGAAGUAAAUUCAAAACCACAAGUCAACUUUCUGCUCAUCAAAAAUUACUUGAAAACCGUCUUCAAAGAGCCAAGACUGAUCUCAAUCAACACAAACAACAAGCUAUUCAUAAUUAUUUUGACGAAAAGCAGCUUUCAAUAAUUCUUACUGCAUUUGUUCGUCGAGGUCAAUUCAAACUAAGAGCGGAUUACGAACGUAAAAAACGGCUACUACAAUGUGAUGCUAAUGAUCAUCGCUUAAUUCGUGAAUUUUAUGACUUAAAACCAACGAAUAAUCAGAUUCAAUCUGCGCGUAUUAUUUGGAAAUUAACAAAAGACAAAUUACAGACGGAAGAAGAUAUGAAUGUUCUGAAACAACGUAUAUAUACAAAACGUUUACCUGCAUCCUUUCAAAUUCUUGAUCAUUCCAUUGAUAACAUUGAAAAGAUGCUUCAAAACCCAAUACUUAAUCAAGAUAAACGUGCUACAUUAUCGUCACGCCGUUUGAAAAUAAUUGCACAGUUCAAAUAUGACCUAAUGAAAUUAGCUAUUCUUACAGCCGAAGAAACCAUUCGAUGUCAUGUAACACUUAUUACUGCCGAAAAGAAAGCUUUAAUUGAAAAUGUUACAUCAGCUCUCGAUUCCCCCCAACCGACAUUGCUUGCACAAGUGAUUCAAGUCGUUAACAAGCGUGAAGUUAAUAUGAUGCAACGUCAACAAAUUAUACUCGAACAAAAAUUAUCGGUUUUCGACGAUGCUCCGACGAUGGAAGAUAUGACCACAACUACCGUCACUAUCCACAAUCGUUUGUCAUCAGAUUUGCUUGACAAAAUUAUCAAUCAAGAAUUCCAAUAUAUUCUGCAGUGUUUUCAAACUGGAUUCCAUCGAAAUUGUGUUUCGAUUUCCGAUCAACGAGCGCAACAUUUCUUCGCUGAAUUGGAAACUCUUGUUCGUCAAUUGUAUACAACACCUAUACCGACUAAACUUCGUCGACGUGCUCAGUAUGAACAACGUACAAUUCGCAGUAUUCAACGUCGAUUACAAGCAUCCCAUUCUAUUGUUCGAUUAACAGAUAAAAGUAAAGUUUUUCAUUUGGGAAGUCAACAUGAAUAUCACCGAAAGGCGCUUGAAUAUAUGACGAAAACAAAUGCUUACAAAGAACUGUCUAAUGGCAAUAAUCUAUGUGCAGAUCAUUUACAUAAAGUCCUAUCGAUCAUCGAUCCACUACUGAAAACGAAAGCGAUUAAUUUAAAGUGGUGGAAGAGUAAAAUGAGACCUGAUUCGAAAACAAUCGAGUUAGCUCAUCUCUAUUUCAUACCGAAAGCACAUAAAGUAAAUACACCACUACGGCCAAUUGUGUCAUCAAUAAAAGCUGCUGCAACCGGUGUGUCACAUUUUCUUGAUCAAAUCCUACGGCCAUUAUAUGAUCAAGUAGCCAAGUCAUCCACAUUCAUCAAUGAUAUCGAUUUUGUUCGACAGCUAGAACACUAUCGAGAUAGUGGGCGAUUUCGUUUAACAACUACAUUCGUUACGUUCGAUGUCACUGAUCUUUACACAAUGAUUCCACACAACGGAUUUCUCAUUGCUCUAGGCCAUUUUCUUGAACGUCACUCUACAAAUCAUCGAAUCCACGGCAUGACCAUUGAUACAAUUAUGAAGCUGGCUCGUCUAGUUCUGACAACAAACUGUUUUGCUUUUAACAAUAAAUACUAUGAACAAAUCCGAGGCGGAGCAAUGGGAUCACCACUAACGAUGACUUUAGCAAACAUUUACAUGCUCGAAUGGGAACAACCUUUGAUUAAAUAUCAAAAAUCACAAAACGAACUAUAUGGAAGAUAUAUAGACGAUGUUUUUAUGACAACGAAUUCAUUAUCGCAGAUGAAUACUCAAUUGAAUGAAAUAGAAGUGAAGGAUCCGAAUAUCAAAAUUAUUCGAUCUGCUGGUACAGCUAUGGAAUUUCUUGAUGUCUAUGUCAGGAACGAAAAUGGACAAUUAAAAACAUGCGUCUACCAUAAACCAGCAGCUGAACCUUAUAUUUUGCCGUUCCUAUCCGAACAUCCGCGUCACGUUCAUCGGAACACAAUCAAAGGUGCUCUCUUUCGAGCUGUACGUCUCUGUUCAGAUGUCGAAGACUUCCAUCAUGAGCGGUUACAUGUCGAAUUAACUCUACUGUUAAAUGGGUAUCCAUUGAAAUUUAUUAACUAUCAUUUUACACAAUUCUUCCGACAACAUCAAGGGCUCUCAUUAUUACCCGACCAACCAAUGGAUCAGAUAGUUUAUGAACAGUUGCAUAGAAAAAUACUUGUUCGAUUAUCACGACGCGAACAAAAGCGUAAUGAAUUAAUAACAAACUACGAUACAAACGAGCAGAAACAAAUCAAUCAAUCAAAAUAUUGGAAUAAUAAGAACAUUACUGUUCAGUAUACUUUUCAAAGUGGUCCUUUGUUAACAUUGAAACACAAGCUCAACGUUCUUUGGAAGAAACAUUAUGUGUAUGAAGGCUCGUCAAUGAAUCAUGUGCGCAUACAGAUGGGAACGCGUACUAAUCAAUCGUUGAGCCACCUUUUCGUCAAGAAAAAACCGCUGAAAUCAACAUUGGCUGACAUAACGUCACUUCCUACAACUACAUCCAUUGCUACUAAUACAACGAACACAAACAUAAUUCUAUAG